AUGGAGGCUAGACCUCGGAAGGCGCCCGAUUGGACGUGUGGGUCGUGUAGCAACGUUAACUUCGCUAAGCGCCAUCGGUGCAACAAAUGCGGCGAAGUCCGGCCCAAGAAUGGAGCCGCAACGCCGGCCGCGGAGUCGAGGCCGCUCCGCCAAGGCGAUUGGCUCUGCCCCGGGUGUCAAAACGUGAACUGGGCGCGGCGGGACAAGUGCAACUUGUGCCUGGCUAUGAAGCCCACACUUCUGAACGACACAGACACGAAACGGACUGGUCGCGCGGGUGGCCACUACGACAUACAGGAUCCACAAGACCGGCUGGCGCAUGAUAGCGGUGAUGAGGAGUACGACGAGUUCGGGAGACGGAAGAAAGCUAAGACGAUCAUCUCGGUAGAGAUGUCGCAUAAGUCGGAGACAACGAAUCCCGUGGAUCCCCGAGAAGCACUGCUCGAGCAAGCCAAGCAGGAAGGGAUUAUCCUCACAUACCCGCCCGCUCCUAUGAGCGAGAGCGAGGAUGAACAGCCACGCAAGAGACCCCGCACUUAG